CUGAAACGAAAGAGGAAGUGCAUGUGUACACAGAGCAGUGAGAGUUGACCACCGGUGAGAAGAACACCGAGAGAAACGUUGACGUUUGUGGUUUGUUUGCUUUGUUUUUUUUAACGGAAUUUAAGAUUGAACUUCGACCGCUGCGUCGAUAAUGGCCACUAGAAACUACGUAGCUGAGCUUUUGGAGUACGCACAGAGAACAGGCUCCAAGGUGAUUUUUGAGGAGUUGAGCCCCAAGGGACCCGACCAUGACAAGAUAUUCACCCAGAGGGUAGUCUGCAACGGUGAGGUGUAUCCUGAAGGUGUGGGGAGGAGCAAGAAGGAAGCCAAGCGUAAUGCUGCUGGAUAUGCCUUGAGAGGCUUGUUGGAGAAUGAACCUGCCAGCAAUGUGGUAAAUAGCCAGAGUGAGAAUGACAACAGCGUUGGAAAAACAAAUUUCAAAGGAAUUCUCAACCACUACUGUCAGAAAAAGGGCCUCGUCCCGAAUUACAUCCAUGUGAAAAAAAGCGGUCUACCACAUUGUCCCCAAUUCACCUACAAAGUAGUAAUUGAAGACAAGGAGUACCCUGAGGGGGAGGAUAAGACUAUCACGCAAGCCCAACAAAAUGCUGCUCAGCAGGCCUGGUCUGCUCUUCAAGAGCAGUCCGACUGGGACAGCAAGGUUUCCUUGAGGUCCACUUUGUCCGAAGAUGAUGAUCCCCCCAUGAUGUCAUCAACUUCAACUUCAUCUUCAUCUUCAACUUCAACCUUGACUUCGACAUCAACCUUGACAUCAACUUCACUGGACUCCACAAAGUCUUCAUCACAAAGCGAACCAUUGAGUGCAAGUGACUCCAUAGUAUUCAUUGACUCAUCUAACCCUCACAAGGAUCAGACUGGAGACGAGAUAUAUGGUGGCACAUCAAGCCAGCAAAAUGAGGAAGCCAAACAAGAUGAAAUCUGUGAUAAGACCAAUAGACUCAGUAUAAAGGCAGAAGGUGGAAACUUCAUUGGUAAGGUCAACCAGUACUGUCAGAAAACACAGCGCUCCCACAGUUACGUCUUAGAGAAAAGAUGCGGUGAAGCACACAUCCCUCAAUUCUUCUACAAGUUAGUGAGCGACAACAAGGAGUACCCUGUGGGUGAGGGGAAGACUGCGAAAGAAGCCAAACAAAAUGCAGCUCAGCUGGCCUGGAUUGCUCUUCAAGAGCAGACCAACUUCGAAAGCAAGGUUGCUGUUGAAAACAAGGGUGGGACCGAUAGUGUGAGUAACACACCAACCAGGUCCAGAUUUACAUCACUGUUUGAUUCCAUGAAGUCUCUUGGGAAAGGAGGCUUUGGUCAGGUGUACGAAGUAAGAGAAAUACUGCUAAACAAGAAGUAUGCUGUCAAGAUUGUCCGUGGUAAAAAAAAAGCUCUGCGAGAGGUGAGGGCAUUAUCAGAGCUUCUUCACCCCAACAUUGUGCGAUACUACACUUGUUGGAUGGAGGAUACAGGUUACAUGCAGGACAGUUCAGCAGACAGCAGCUCUUCUCAGGAAUCAUCGCCACAGUUCCUUUACAUUCAAAUGGAGUUAUGUGACUCCAGAACACUUAGACACUGGAUAAAAGAAAGGAAUACGAGAACUCCAGACUCCAACAGACAACACGAGGGUUUAACCAUCGCUCAACAAAUAGUCAGUGGAGUCGAGUACAUUCACUCCAAAAAACUCAUCCACAGGGAUCUGAAGCCUGCCAACAUCCUGUUUGGACAGGAUGGAGAAGUGAAGAUUGGAGACUUUGGUCUGGUCACUGCUGAUGAUGUAGACUAUGAAAACCCAAUGGAGAGAACUAAAAAAUCAGGAACCCUUUCUUACAUGGCUCCCGAACAAAAGUUUGACAUCAUCUAUGAGCGGAAGGUGGACAUAUUCGCCUUCGGGCUGAUAUACUUUGAGCUCCUCUGGAAAAUCUCUACUGGCCAUGAAAGAGUGGAGGUUUUCGAAAAUGCCAAAAAACUGAAGUUCCCCAGAGAGUUUUCACUUACUUUUCCUCAAGAGGAACAAAUAAUGAGGUCAAUGCUGUGUAAGGAGCCAAAACAACGACCUGAAGCAAGUGCUCUGAAGGCAGAGCUGGAAAAGUUGGCCCGCACUCUCAACCCUGAAAAAACUGAACAUCAGCAAAAUGUAACAGUCUGACAGUCACACACGCAGGAGGUUAUAAACAUCUGUCUCCUCUGAUUGUACAUUUUGAUGUUUUAUGAUUUUGUUGGCAAACGGAUGAUGGCUUUUAUUUAGCUUUACCCUGAGAUCUGUAGCCUACAAACAACUCAUACUUAACUACACACUCACACACAAACAGAUACAAACACACACACACGCACACACAAAUGUAAAUCUGUAGUCUGCAAUGAAAAUUAUCAUGUGACGCCAAUUGGGGGCGGGAUCUCCAGGUUGAUUACAAGUGUACUAAAUAAUCAUCAAAGGCACUGCUCGAAACCUGGGUGUGACACUUGACAAUCAACUCUCCCUUACCGCCAACAUAACUUCAACAACCAUUCCUGUAGAUUCAUGCUGCAAAAAAUCAGGAGAAUACGACCCCUUCUCACUCAGAAGGCGGUGCAGGUUCUGGUCCAGGCUCUUGACAUCUCACGCCUAGACUAUUGUAACUCUCUCCUGGCAGGUCUACCUCUCUAAAAUCUCUAUCGACAAGCAUUACAAAAGAAUCGUUCUUUUCAGCCUCCGCAGACUGACAGCUGCAGCGUGGUGAUUUAAGGAUUAGACAGAAAUAAGAGCGCUUGUGUAGCACUUACAUAGAAAAGUUCCCUCGCCAGUUGAGUAAAUAUGACCAAAUAUCCUCACUAUCAUUCCCAAAAUAAUUUAUAAUUUGAAUAAUACACAUUUUUUAAACUCAUUAUUACAUUGCACUGUAGUUCUGCAGCUCAUCCAGAAUGCAGCAGCUCGACUGGUCUUAAGCCUAAAUUCACUCACACUACGCCACUCCUCCGCUCCCUUCACUGGUUACCAGUGGCUGCACGUAUCCGUUUCAAAGCAUUAGUAUUUGCGUACUGGACCCAGUGCGUACGGAUCGGGUCCAGUCUACAUCCAGGACAUGGUCAAACGUUACACCCCAACCGAUUCACUUCGCUGUGCAUCUGCCAAUCGGCUUGUUGCUCCCUCACUGCGAGCUAAACACUCAACAAAAUCACGACUGUUUGCUGCCCUGGCUCCUGAAUGGUGGAACGAGCUCCCCUGUUACAUCAAGACAGCAGAAGGUCUAUCAUCUACCAUCGCAAACUAAAAACACACCUCUUCCGACUAUACUUUGAAUAAAAGUUUAAACUAACAAUUUAGUAGAACUUAAAUGGUACUUACUUAUGGCACUUUGUAGUUUGGAUUUCUUGAAGAAAAAGUACUUCUUGAUUCUUGUUGUUACAGGUUUGUACCCUCAUGGUUGAAUGCACUUAUUGUAACCCGCUUUGGUGGAAGCGUCAGCUAAAUGACAUGUAAUGUAAUGUAAUCAAGAUAUAUUUUAUGAUGAGAUAUAUUAAUGAUGGAAAUGUCUUUUAUGUUAUGUAGAAGUGUUUUAAAUCAUUACAGCCAUUGCUUUGUAUUGAUUAUCAUAAGGGGGAAAUACAAUUGUGGUUAUCUUUUUGUUAUCUGUCUAUCUGCUAUCUUGAUUGUUAUUAUUAUUUUGUUAUGAUAUAAUGUGUGAUGUAAUACAUUUUCCCAGAUUUCAGUUUUAUUAGUGUUUCAUACAGAAUAUUGGUCCAGUCCUCAGCCUCUCAACCUCUCAGCCUCUCAACGACACAUUUUUUUUCUUGAAGACGCUUAAAAGGAUAUAUAAAGUUUUCACUUUGUAUAUAAACAACUCGACAGCCGUCUCUACAGCUGGCAUAAUCAAAAACACACGCCAAAAAAAACAAGUGAUUAGGAAGGAUUCAAAUGAGGAACAAUACCAGAAACCAGAAAUUAACACUCAUGAGGGUUUUUUUUUUUCAUUUUACCUUAUAUUAGGACUUGUUUUCCUUACGAGGACAGAGAGCAUGAUUGCAAAAGUCAUGACAUUUUAAGUAAGGUAAGGUUCAGGGUUAGGGAGAGGCAGGUAAUGAGUCAAUGUAAAAUCCUCUGAAGUCAUGGAGACAGGUAUUACUCAUGUUGUGGGGACCUAAAUCUUUUUACACAGUCUUUUUACACAGGAUUUGUUUUCCUAAUGGAGACAAAAAGCACAUCCCCAUAACAAAAAUGGUUAAUUUUAAGAUGAAGACAUGUUCUAAUCUAAGAUUAAGGUUUGGGUUAAACAAGUAGUAACUAUGGUUAUGGUUAAGUGUCCAGGAAGUGUGUAGCUUCCUCAGGAGGUAUGGAUACAAUACUUUGUGUGUAUGUCUGUGUGUGCGUGUUAUCAUCAUAAGAUGUGAUUGUAAACAUACCAAUUGGGCAGCAACUGUUAUUUUCAUUGAUUAAUUUCCCAACCUUUUUCCUCACAAUUGAGAUCUGAGUAUUUUUUUCAUAACAAAAGAUUAAAAAUGAUUAAUUAAUAAUCAAAAUACUUGGAAAUUAUUAUAAUUGUGCAAAACUAAUCUAUUAAAUGAUUCAUCAUUGAAGCUCUAGGUGCCAAGUCCACUUACAGACAGGGGACGAUUUUAAAACAUUAAACUUUGUUAUGCUUUCAUUCAA